CUAGCCCGAAACCCGAGGCAUUACAGGAAAAAUCCAUCUCUGCCGCAAUCUAUUGCUUUUAAAUCCAGGUUUGUCACAUCCAACUAUUGUUUUAACACAUUUAUCAAUUAAAUUUAAUAUUAAAAUUUAGAAUAUAGAUUAAUGUAUAAUUUUAUACUAUUUUUCAUUCAGAUUAAAUGCAGCAUGUGCUUCUAACUAUGAGCGGCUUAGCCAGACAAGUUCUCAACAGUGUUAUUCUAUCACGGAUGAGUUAGCCAAAGGAAUUGUACCUUUUAAAUACAUCAAUGAUUUGAUUGUAUGCACAGAAGUGAGUUGAAUAAAUUUUUUCAUUCCCGAUUAACUCAACACAAUGUGUUUAAAUAUUAUAACAAUAUUUUCUCUAUCAAACAGGAAGCUAGCUAUUGGAUUGCUGCAAAAACUGUUUGUUUUGAUCUAGAUCAUGGAUGGUCAUACAUGGCUUGCAACAAGUGUAUUAUAAAGGUUGAACAAGAUGGAAACUCAUUUUUUUGUCCAAAAUGCAAUUCAGAGGCAAAAGUUGUUCACAGGUAUAGGCUACAAGUUCGUGUAAUGGAUGGAACUGGUCUUAUAACCCUAUUACUUUGGAAUAGUGAGGUUGUGCAACUUAUGGGAAAAACUGCAAAAGAGCUAAAGGAGGGCUUAAUAGAUGAUGAUGAAUGUUCGUAUCCAAGUGAACUGGAUGAUAUCGUUGAAAAAAAACUCAUGUUUAAGGUCUUGGUGAAGGAAUCUAAUAUAUACAAGCAGGAUGAAGUCUACAAAGUUCUAAAAUUUGCUGAUGAUGAAUCUCUUUUCAAGAAAUAUUGUCAUCUUUCACUAAAAUACACUGAUUCUCUGUUUGAAGGGGCACAAAACAAGGGAGGUGAUGAGCUUUUUGAGGUAAUUAUAUGUUGCAUUUGUAGGUGUUUAAAUCAAAACUUUUCAAAAAGUAUAAUAAUUUUGCUAUAAAGUAAUAACAUACCUUUGUAAUGGAUAAUCAUCUUUUUUUUCAUC